UCAAUAUCUAUCUUCAUUAAAAGAUUAGGCCAAAUUAAGCACGAGGCACCACGAGAGAGAGACCUUUUCUUUGCGCCAAUCAAAUAGAGUCAACGUCUCCACUCUCCUUCAUCUAUAUAUUCAUCUCCAUCCCAAUAUUCAAAUUAAAACACCAAAUUAACUUCAAUUAUUUUUCGAUCUUAUUACUUAUAUGGCUACAUCUUCUUCCACUCCCAUCGCACCCCUUCUCAACAAUAAAAAUUCUCACAAUCAUAAAAAUUUCAAUGAUGAUGGCCAAUUCUCUUUUCCCCGCCGGAGUAGUUUCCACAAAUUUUCCAUAACAAGCCCAUCAAACAAAGAUCUGGUUACCCGGAGAGCUACGCCGGAGGUUGCCGGAGAUCUUCUCUCUCAAUUCCAUAUCCCCGGCAUACCGUCAUGGUUCCCUACGGACAAUCCAUGGUUUGUUGGUGCAUCUGGAUUGCUAGUAGGGGGGCCAUUUUUGAUCCAAAGGCUAAUAGCAUUUACAAAGCAACUUGAUAUGGCGGCGCAGGCGGUGGAAAAUAUUGCGGACGUGGUGGAGAACGUGGCGAAGAAGGUGGAGGACGCGGCGGAGGAGUUCGAGGCUUCGCUGCCGGAAAGCCGCCUCAAAGAAGUUGUUCACUUUGUGGAACAUUUGGCUGAAGAGACAGCUGAAGAGGCUGACAAAAUCGGAGAUUUGAUGGACAAGGUGGAAGAAUUUGACGACAAGCUGGAGGCGUUUCUGGACAAGCAAUUGAAACACACUGAUAAAGCAUGAGUCUUUACUGUAAGAGAUCUAUGUUUGUGUUAUCAUCAAUUGUUACUUCUGUUAAUAUAUAUCAAGCAAACGAAAAGGAGGUUAAGACAUGCUUGCAAGCUCGACACAUUUAAUUUCUUAUUUCGCCACUUGAAAUAUAUACUAUCUUACUUUCUUAA